CUCCCGGGAGCCGAGCUGGCUCGCGCGCUUGCAUCCCGCACCAGCCGUCGGCCCCGGGCCCGGCCCGCGUCAGAUCGAGCCGCCGCCACCACAGCAGCAGCAGCACUCGGGUAGCCGGGCCCAACCGGGGCCGCGGGAGGCGGGGGCGCCCGGGCCCUGGAUGUCCCGCAGCGCGGCGGCCAGCGGCGGACCCAGGAGACCUGAUCAGCAUUUGCCCCCAGCCCCCUGUGGGGCCUCGGGGCCCCCUGAAACCUUCAGGACGGAGUCAGACGGGGCGGGCACCAUGAACAAGUUACGGCAGAGUCUGCGGCGGAGGAAGCCAGCCUAUGUGCCUGAGGCGUCACGCCCACACCAGUGGCAGGCAGAUGAGGAUGCGGUGCGGAAGGGCACAUGCAGCUUCCCCGUUAGGUACCUGGGCCACGUGGAAGUGGAGGAGUCCCGGGGGAUGCACGUUUGUGAAGACGCAGUGAAGAAGCUGAAGGCGAUGGGCCGGAAGUCCGUGAAGUCUGUCCUGUGGGUGUCGGCUGAUGGGCUCCGAGUGGUGGAUGACAAGACCAAGGACCUGCUGGUAGACCAGACCAUCGAGAAGGUGUCCUUCUGUGCUCCUGACCGCAACCUGGACAAGGCUUUCUCCUACAUAUGCCGUGACGGCACCACACGCCGCUGGAUCUGCCACUGCUUCCUGGCCCUCAAGGACUCUGGUGAGAGGCUGAGCCACGCUGUGGGCUGCGCGUUCGCUGCCUGCCUGGAGAGGAAGCAGCGACGGGAGAAAGAGUGCGGAGUCACCGCCGCCUUCGAUGCCAGUCGCACCAGCUUUGCCCGCGAGGGCUCCUUCCGCCUGUCCGGUGGCGGGCGGCCUGCGGAGCGCGAGGCUGGGGACAAGAAGAAAGCAGAAGCAGCAGCUGCUCCUGCUGUGGCUCCUGGCCCUGCCCAGCCUGGGCACGUUUCUCCGACACCGGCCACUACAUCCCCUGGCGAGAAGGGAGAGGCGGGUACCCCAGUGGCUGCAGGCACCACUGCUGCUGCCAUUCCCCGGCGCCAUGCACCUCUGGAACAGCUGGUUCGCCAAGGCUCCUUUCGUGGGUUUCCUGCCCUCAGCCAGAAGAACUCACCUUUCAAACGUCAGCUGAGCCUACGGUUGAAUGAGCUGCCAUCCACACUGCAGCGCCGUACAGACUUCCAGGUGAAGGGCACAGUGCCUGAGAUGGAGCCUCCUGGUACCAGUGACAGUGACGGCAUCAGUGCCCUGUGCACACAAAUCAGCUCGUCUUUCGCCAGUGCCGGAGCACCAGCGCCAGGGCCACCGUCUGCCACAACAGGGACGUCUGCCUGGGGUGAGCCCUCUGUACCUGCUGCAACGGCCUUCCAGCCCGGGCACAAGCGGACACCGUCGGAGGCUGAGCGAUGGUUGGAGGAAGUGUCCCAGGUGGCUAAGGCCCAACAGCAGCAGCAGCAGCAGCAGCAGCAGCAGCAGCAGCAGCAGCAACAACAGCAACAACAGCAACAAGCCACCUCCGUGCCACCAAUGCCCACCAUGGCCCCCCCCCUUCAACCCUUCUCCGCCCCAGUGGGGCCCUUUGACACUGCAGCUGCCCAGGUGGCUGUGUUCCUGCCACCCACACACAUGCAGCCUCCGUUUGUGCCCGCCUACCCAGGCCUGGGUUACCCACCCAUGCCCCGGGUGCCUGUGGUGGGCAUCACACCUUCACAGAUGGUGGCCAACGCCUUCUGCUCAGCUGCUCAGCUCCAGCCCCAACCUGCCACACUGCUUGGAAAAGCCGGGGCCUUCCCCCCACCUACCGCGCCCAGUGCCCCUGGGGGCCAGGCCCGUCCACGCCCUAACGGGGCUCCCUGGCCCCCAGAGCCAGCGCCUGCCCCUGCCCCUGAGUUGGACCCCUUUGAGGCCCAGUGGGCAGCUUUAGAAGGCAAGCCCGCUGUGGAGAAACCCUCCAACCCCUUCUCUGGUGACUUGCAGAAGACCUUCGAGAUUGAACUGUAGCCCAAAUUGCCCUGCCCCCCACUCCAUCAGACCCAGGUGUACCACACUCAGGAGGGGAGGCCCAGCCUCUUCCCUGGUGUUGCUCCCUGAGCUGCGCCCCUCAACUCUCCCUCUAAGCCCUUCUCUCCACCAACCCUCACAAACCACUACACAAACCAAUAUUGUGAUGCCUAGAUUUUGCCAAGAUGGAAUUCAGGGAUGGACCCAGCCUGGCUAAGGGAACCAUUUCACUGCCGGACUUAGGCUGGCGAUGCCCCUUCUCCAGCCCUAGUCACGGAAUGCCCUCUGUUCAAGCUACUUUCCCCAGUUUCUGUUGUGCCCUUCCACUUUCCAGUGUUGGGCAGGAUGGAGGAGGGAUGCCCGCUUAGGGGCACUCCUGGGCCCACUUCGAGCCGGGCUCAUCCUCUCUCUCUCCUUGCCCCGUACACACAGCACAAGCUAAGGGCUUCCAUUUUGCCCACGCUGUGUUCACUGCCAAUGCUGUGCUUGCCCUGCCCCCUCCCCCACUCGGGGGCGAGUCUUCCGGAGGGUCAAGGUCUCACGGGGUGGGGCCCGAUUGGGGGCCCAGGAGAGGGGGAGGGGGGAAGGAUGAAGACGCUCUGUUACCUCAUGUCGGUGCCCGCUGGGGAGGGGUCCCAGGAGAAGAAGAAGGGCGUUGCCUGGCGGGUACUUUUCUAUCUUUUAUUUCCAGAUUUUUUUUGUAUCUAAACUUGCAGAUUUGUAUUAUACAAGGACAGCCAAUAAAGGAAGACUAUAAUGGUGGCCA